GACGGUUCUUCAUGACGUCAUUCAUCGGGACAACAUCCCCGUGGUAAGGAUGUAAAUUUGGUUUAAACGAAACCUUAAUUAUUCAAUAAUUCAUUCAAAUAAUUUUAUUACAAGGAAAAUAAAAAUAAUAUUGUAAUAUGAAAAAUUAGUGUAUUGUGAUUAUUCGUGUCAAAGAAAUAACGUUUCAGAUGUAAAACAUCUCGUGUAAAUACGCAACAAGCGUCAAUAUAUGAGAUACGCAUCGAUUUCGCCGGGAAAAUAUGAGUAAUAGAAAUAAAGAUUUGGUGAAUAUAAACCUCAUAAAUAGUAGUGGAUCUCAAAUGCAAUAUCAAACAUUUUUUGGAAUAGGUGAGUAGAUGAGAUAUUAAAAUAUAUCGUUGUUCAUAUCUAAGAUAAUUCGAUUCGAUAGAUAAGUCGAAUGUAAUAUUUAAUUGUUUUUAAAAUUUUUUUAUCAGUAUGUACGACGAAAAGCAAAGGACAUGGCAUACCUGUAGAUAAGAAAUGCUGGACUAGUGGAAAUUGAAGAGUAGAAAAUAAAUAAAGAGAAAGCAGUAGAAGAUAGAAAAAGAAUUAAUAUACGUAGUGACUAUACCAUGCAUAUAAGGAUAUCCAGUCACUCUCAGCAGCAUAUACUUGCAAGUGCAAUAUUUCUUGCUAUGAUAGUGGUCAUCAGCAUCCAUGUCUUCCUGUUUCCUAUGUACACAUAUAAUCCACCAGCUCAUCAUAUAAAGAUUUCAUCAUAUGAACAAGCUCUUUGUCAUACUUCUUCAAAGAAUAUCAAUAUACCACCAAAAUGGGAAUAUCCUUGUCCCAAAUAUGGAAUAGUUUCUGCAAUUCAAGGUGGUAGACUUGGAAAUCAAAUUUGGGAAUAUGCAUCAGUAUGGGCUACUGCAAGAAGGACUGGUUUGGAACCAUUCAUGCCACACUGCAUAUUGAAAACUCUUGAGGAAUAUUUUGAAAAUCUUAGUAUUCCUCCACUUAAUUAUAUUGGAAAGUGUAAUUUGGAUGUUAAUCAAAUUGUUAAUUCUCUUGGACAAUGGAACAGUACAGAACAGAAUAUUAUUAUACCAAGACAUGCAGCUUAUUGGUCUCUAAUUUUGGUGUGGUUGGAUGAUGUAAGAAGAGAAUUUACAUUUAAGCCAAAUUUAAGAAUUUAUGCAGAAAAAGUACUAAAAGAAAUAGCAGAGGAAUUUAAUUUAUUUGAACCAACAUUUGUAAGCAUACACAUUCGAAGAACAGAUUAUGUGGAUUAUCUAUGGCAAAAAUUAAAAAUCAGACCUGCACCAGUCAGCUAUUAUUUUGCAGCAAUGGAUUACUUUAUUGGCAAGUAUGAUAAUGUAGUUUUUGUAGUAACUAGUGAUAAUAUAGUUUGGUGCAAGUAUCAUUUGAAUAGUAAAAGAUAUAGAAUAAAAUUUGUAUCUGAUGUGGAUGCAAGAGGUCCAGGUAAAGAUCUUGCAGUUUUAUCAGCAUGUAAUCAUAGUAUUAUAGAUUAUGGUACAUAUGGUUCGUUUGGCGCAAUUUUAGCUGCUGGUGAAACUAUUGUGUAUAAUGUAACAACAUAUUUUUCUACAUUAAUUGCUGAAGUUUUGCCAAACUGGAAAAUAAUGAGUUGAAUUAAAAUCAAAAAAUAUUCCAUAGAUCUCAAAUUAAAACUAAUGCAUGUACAAAUACUUUAUUAAAAAUACUUUUUAUACAGAGUUUAACGAUCAUUUCGUUCAAUUUAACGCGAAGAUCAUAUUCUCUAUAUUUCUUUCAAAAUUAAAAUUGCUAAAAAAUUUUCUAUACUAUUUUUUUUAUUAAACAUUUGUUUACUAUUUACAAUAUUUCUAAACAAAAAUAUAUUUCUUAAAUACAAUAUUAAAAAUUUUAAUUUAUUAUUCCAAUAUAAGGAGCAACAUAUAUAUAUAUAAUUAUUUAUCAUAGAAUCUAAUAUUAAUCUUUAAAAGUUUAUUGCAUAUUUAUAUCUUUUCAACAAUUUCUAAAAAUCCAAAUGAAAGUGUAGCAUUAUAUUUUACAAAAUUUUUAUGAAUAUAGUAUAAGUAUAAUGCUGAUAAAUUGUUUAAAAAUAGUAGCAAUAUAUCAGUUUUUCAUUAAUUAUGGCACUAUUAAUGACAAUGUUAGAAAUCCAUGCACUUUUAAUGGAAAUAUACUUUAAUAAAAACAUAAGAAUUUAAAAUAAGAAAAGAAAUACAAUGGAACAAUGGACCACUAAUGUCUAAAAUUAAAACAGAUGCUUAUUUUUUUUACUACCUAUGAUUCAUAUUCAUAGGUUUUGAGAAAUUGAAUAGAUUCAAUAUUCUUUUGACAUAAUGAACCAAUAAACUGAGACUAAUAUAAAAAUCUGCAAGAAAAUUUCAUAGUGGUCAAAAUUAAAUAUAAAGAUUUUUAAGGGUUCAUAUUAUUAUUUCUUAAAUCACGAUCUUAAUUAAUUAUUUCCUAAUAUAACAUAUAAUAUAAUCCAAAAUGAAAUAUAAUUAUAUUAUAUAUUUAAUGAUGUUUUUUGAGUAAAGGAAUUACAAUCAAACUUGCAGAUAUAGAAAAAAAAAUAUUGAUAAACCAUAACUCUUAUGAUGUACAAUGAUUUCAACUGUGAUUCUAUUUCUUAUUGUGCCAAAUUCUUAGUGUAUAAUAACAUAUAAUAAUUAAGUGUGUGAAAAAAAAUACAUAUACACAUUCGUUCGUAUAUAUGUGCAUAUAAAUAUUAAGUGCCAAACAAAAAUAUUGGCAUAUUCCAACAUUUUUUUAUAACAUUCUUUAUAAAUCUUUAAAAUAUAGAAUUUUCUUUCUAAUUUUUUACAAUAAUUUUAAAAUAUAAUAUUAAAAUCUGAAAUUUAUAUAUUAAAAUUUUUUUUUUAAAAUAACUAUAUAAUGAGAAAGAUAAAAAAUAAAAAGUAAUAAAAGAUUAUUUUCAGUGAAACAACAAAAAAAGUAUUAUUUUGCAGUUUAAUAAAUCAAUAGUAUUUAAUUUAUACUUUAAAAUAUAUUUUAACAAAAAUUGUUCUAUAUUUUAAAAAUUUACGAAAGACGUUAUUACAAAAACUACUAGUGUGCCAAUAUUUUUGUUUAGUACUGUAUAUAUAUACAUAUAAGAUUAUCUAUACAAAAUAUUAUAUAAUGUUUUCAAAUGAGUAAAAAAAAAAGACAAUUAAGUAUUUGUUCACUUAAUAAUUAAAUGUUUCCAAAACUAAAAAAGUUAAUAGAUGUGAAAAGUAUUUUACAUAAGUCCAUGUUAUAUAUUUAUAAUAAGUGUUUAAACCUUAUAUUAACCACGUGACCUGAUAUAUUCAAUUUAUAAUAUUUAGUAAAUGUGUCUAUGUCUAUAUGUUAUAUUAUCUAUAUAUAAAUAUCUAUAUAUUAUAUAUAUAUAUAUAUAUAUAUAUAUAUAUAUAAAACAUCUUUAAAAUAAUUGUGCCUGUUAGUUGUGAAAAAUAUAAGAUGAAGAUGCAUUACAAUUUACAAUUAAAAUAAAUAAUUAAAAAAUAUUAAACAAUCAAAUAGAGAAUUUAUAUAACUAUCAGGCACUAAUAUGAUCUACUCUGUAAAUUCUGUGAUAAUUUUAUGUAAUUUGUAAAAAAAUAAAACAGAUGCAUUAAAAAUGAUUCAUUUCACAAAAUAAAAAUAUUCUGUAUCAGAAAUUAUUUAAAAUUUUUUUGUAUUAAUCUGAUUUUAUUAUUUUUACAUUUCACUAAUUGAUAGUGAAAGUAUAUUAUAUGAUCAAUCAAAAAUAAAAAGUAUCAUUAAAAUCCUAAUGUUAUAAAAAACUAACGAUUCGAAGUAACAAGACCAGCAGGUCCCAAUCCUAACUUUGUAGUAAUUGCUUUUACUCUCAAUGGCUGAAAACCAAGUUCGCUUUUUGGAAUUCCAUAUUCUUGUAAUUUAGUUUCAUACGAUCGAAGUAGAUCAUCAUGCGCUUUACACACUUUCGCUAAUUCAUAUUGAAGAUCUUGUAUUGCGUUAUUUUUCUUAUUCAGCAUAUUCUUAAAAAAAAAAAAACAUUUAUAUAUACAUAUAACACAUAAUAUUAUAUAUACACAUAAAAUAAGAAGGAAAAAAAAAUGUACAAACC